GAGUCAGCCUCACAGCUCCUGUAACACCAUGAAGCUGAGCCACGGGUUCUUCAUGUGCUUGCUGCUCUUGGGGAGCAUGGAGCUGUGCUGCCUUCAGCCUCUCUGGCUCCUGCAGGGCGGAUCCCGGCGCCCUGUACCCUCUGUCUCUCCGGUACAGGUGCAGUGUCUGGAAGCUCGGCUGGUGGUCACUGUCAACAGAGAUCUCUUUGGCACGGGGAAGCUUGUCCAGCCUGCCGACCUCACCCUGGGCCCUGAAGGCUGCCGCCCCCUGGUCUCCACAGGCAUGGAUGACACUGUGGUCAAGUUCGAGGUUGGGGUGCAUGAGUGUGGCAGCAGUGUUCAGGUGACAAGUGAUGCCCUGGUGUACAGCACCUUCCUGCUGCACACGCCCCGGCCCGUGGGAAACCUGUCCAUCGUGAGGACCAACCAUGCGGAAGUUCCCAUCGAGUGUCGCUACCCCAGGCACGGCAACGUGAGCAGCCAGGCGAUCCUGCCCACGUGGGUGCCCUUCAAGAUGACAGUGUCCUCAGAGGAGAAGCUGGCUUUCUCCCUGCGCCUGAUGGAGGGAAACUGGAGCACUGAGAAGACAUCCCCCACCUUCCACCUGGGUGAGGUUGCCCACCUGCAGGCUGAGGUCCGCACUGGCAGCCACCUGCCGCUGCAGCUCUUCGUGGACCACUGUGUGGCCACACCGACACCAGACCAGGAUGCGUCCCCUCGUCACACCAUUGUGGACUUCCACGGCUGUCUCGUGGACGGGCUGUUUGACGGUUCUUCUGUAUUCCAAGCCCCCAGACCCAGGCCGGACACACUCCGGUUCACAGUAGACAUGUUCUACUUCGCUAAUGACUCCAGAAACACGAUAUAUAUCACCUGUCGCCUGAAGGUUACUGCAGCUAACCAAGUCCCAGACCAACUCAACAAAGCCUGCUCCUUCAACAAGCCUUCUAAUAGCUGGUCCCCAGUAGAAGGCACUGCUGACAUCUGUAAGUGCUGUGACAAGGGAGAUUGUGGUGGUCCGGGCUAUUCCCAGAGGCAGCUCCCUAGGGUGAGCCAGGGAUUUGGAUCUACUUCACGGGACCGAAACCGCAGGCACGUAACAGAAGAAGCAGAUGUCACCGUGGGACCACUGAUCUUCCUGGGACGGGCUAGUGACCACAGUGUGGAGGGCCAGACCCCUCCCACCCCCACCCCCACCCCCACGGUUCUAGGCUUGGGCCUGGCUGCAGUGGCUUUCCUGACCCUGGCUGUUGUCCUGGGUCUUUCCAGGAGGUGCCACACUGCUUCCCACCCUGUGUCCCUUUCUCAAUAA